AUGAAGAAGCAAUUCAACCGCAUGCGCCAGCUCGCCAACCAGACCGUGGGCAGAGCCGAGAAGACCGAGGUGUUGAGCGAGGAUCUGCUGCAGGUGGAGAAGCGUCUGGAGCUGGUGAAGCAGGUGUCCCACAGCACCCACAAGAAGCUGACAGCCUGUCUGCAGGGCCAGCAGGGCCUGGACGCCGACAAGCGCUCGAAGAAGCUGCCACUGACGACGCUGGCGCAGUGUCUGAUGGAGGGGUCGGCCGUGCUGGGGGAUGACUCCCUGCUGGGGAAGAUGCUGCGGCUGUGCGGGGAGGCCGAGGACAAGCUGGCGCAGGAGCUCAUCCACUUCGAGCUGCAGGUGGAGCGGGACGUCAUCGAGCCGCUCUUCGUGCUGGCUGAGGUGGAAAUCCCAAAUAUCCAAAAGCAGAGGAAGCACUUGGCGAAGCUCGUGCUGGACAUGGACUCCUCCAGGACGAGGUGGCAGCAGUCGGUGAAGUCCUCGGGUCUGGCCAGCAACCUGCAGCCCUCGGGGGCCAAAGCCGACGCUCUCAGGGAGGAGAUGGAGGAGGCGGCCAACAGAGUGGAGAUCUGCAGGGACCAGCUCUCGGCUGACAUGUACAAUUUCGUGGCCAAAGAAGUCGACUAUGCAAACUAUUUUCAAACGCUGAUCGAGGUGCAGGCCGAGUACCACCGCAAAUCCCUGGCGCUCCUGCAGAACUUCCUGCCACAGAUCAAAGCCCAGCAGGAGGCGUGGAUGGAGAAGCCCUCCUUUGGGAAGCCCCUGGAGGAGCACCUGGCUGUCAGCGGGCGGGAGAUCGCCUUCCCCGUGGAGGCCUGCGUGACCAUGCUGCUGGAGUGUGGCAUGCAGGAGGAGGGUCUCUUCCGAGUGGCUCCCUCGGCCUCCAAGCUGAAGAAGCUCAAGGCUGCCCUGGACUGCUGCGUGGUGGACGUGCAGGAGUACUCAGCUGACCCCCAUGCCAUCGCAGGAGCCCUCAAGUCCUACCUGCGGGAGCUGCCCGAGCCCCUGAUGACGUUCGAGCUGUACGAGGAGUGGAUCCAGGCCUCCAACAUCCCGGAGCAGGAGAAACGGCUGCAGGCUCUCUGGAACGCCUGCGAGAAGCUGCCCAAAGCCAACUACAACAACAUCAGGUACGUGAUUAAAUUCCUGGCCAAGCUGACUGAGUACCAGGAUAUGAACAAAAUGACCCCGAGCAACGUGGCCAUCGUGCUGGGACCCAACCUGCUGUGGCCACAGGCCGAGGGGAACAUGACGGAGAUGAUGACGACGCUGUCGCUGCAGAUCGUGGGCAUCAUCGAGCCGCUCAUCCAGCACGCAGACUGGUUCUUCCCGGGAGACAUCGAGUUCAACGUGACGGGGAACUACGGCAGCCCCCUGCACGUGAACCACAACGCCAACUACAGCUCCAUGCCCUCGCCGGACAUGGAGCACGGCGAGCGCCGGCAGCACGAGCAGGCCCGGCGGCCCCUCAGCGUGGCCACCGACAACAUGAUGCUGGAGUUCUGCAAGAAGGACGGCCUUAGGAAAAUCCAAAGCAUGGGCGUCAGGGUGAUGGACACCUCGUGGGUGGCUCGCCGAGGCACCUCAGCGGGGCGCAAGGCGGCCUCGGCCCCCCCGGCCGCGCAGCCCCCGGCCCCGCCCGCCGAGCUGCCCCCCACGCCCCACUCGCCCAUCCCCGAGCAGUCGCCGGAGAUUUCAGCAACGCCCUCCCCGCCUCCCACCAGCUUCGGCUUCCCCCCGGCAGCCGAGCGGACAAGCACUUUCAAGCCCCCGGAGCUGUCCCCGGGGCCGCCCCCCGCCCCCGCGGCCGAGCAGAGCCCGCACUCGCUGCGCAAAGGGGCCAAGAAGCUGGCGCCCAUCCCGUCCCCGGCCAGCCUGUCCCCCACUCCCCCCAGCACCCCGUCCCCGUACGGUCUGCUCCGUUUUGAGGUCCCCUCCCUCCACGUGUCCCCGGAUGCCGCCCUGUGCCGGGACCCGCCCGAGGCAGCUCAGAGACUCUCGGGGCCGAGCCUGACCCCGCGGCAGGAGGAGGAGGAGGAGGAAUCGGAGAGCACAGCCCUAUGA